UUAAAAUGACAAGUCAAGACUUUACCAGCGAUUAAGGGAUAACCGUUUAAUAUUGACAUCGUAUAUCUGAACUGCAUUCUGCGGAUUAGAGGAAUAUGCACAUUCUUCAUUAAUCAAUUACAGCAGUAAACUAGAACGAAGGUGGAUACACAUUCAACAGCAGGAACUGUUUCGGUUCCCUCCAAUGUCGACGAGUAAUUUAAACAAGUUAAGAGUGGUAUCUUUGUCGUCAAAAGUAUGCAGGGAUUAAAUAAUGAGACAGAGUUGUUAAUACAUGCAACCUGAGAACCAGGUGAUCGGGCUCCUUUGCUGAGUGACAAAACAGCAACAAUGGGUGAUCGGCAGAGACUUGUCGGACAUAUAAAACCCUCAGAGGUACAAAAAACUUACUCUAGACAAAAACCAGUCGCUCCUAAAAAAGUAAGAGUCCUUCCUCAGUGCACUCUUAAAGAUAUGGUAUACACAGCCUUGGAGACAUCAUCUAAUCUGAGAGGACUCGGACCCAGGGAUAUAAAGAAGUAUAUCGAUGUAAAUUACGAUAUAAGUCUUGACUCUCAGCACAUUCUCAAGGCUAUACAAGCAGGCAUUGCCAGUGGUGAAGUAUUACAAAUCAAAAGAAUUGGAUCAAGAGUUCCUGUCAGACGCUACAGGUUGUCGAAAUGCAUAAAACCAAAUGUUCAACGUGCAGUACAGAAGAAUGAGGCGUCAGUACCCUCAUUGUCAGUAAAAUCUGCAAAUGUUAAUGAACAAAGAAAAAAGACAACAACUGAUUCUGAAGCCAUGGAUAAAAUGAUGUUCAGUAAGAUUAAAAUGGAGACUGACAAAGAAUUGAAGCUGACUCAGGCUGUUGGUCGCAAUGUUUCUUUGGUAGACAAUUGGUCUGAGAUUGACUCGCUAAAAUAUGUGCAACCUGUAAAUGCUCAGCAACCAAGACCCAUUGAUCAGAUGAUAAAUGCACAGCCCGUAAAUGUUCAGAAACUGGAAUCCAAAGUCCAGACAAAAGAUUGUACAAAAUUAUUCAACACAGGUUCAAAUGCUAUUGAUGCAGCUGAAAUAGAUUCCAUGAUAUUACAAUCUCUGAAUUCACCGCCAAAUUCAAGCGGCAUUCUCCUCAACGAGAUAGUUGAAUUUGUCAGCAAACAUUAUGGUAUUGAUGGUCAGCGUUCGUUACCAUACAUUCAGGGGUAUCUGAAAUACAGUGUUAAGAAAGGAGUUCUGUUUAAAAACGGCGAUAGGUAUAAAAAGACUUGCACUAUGGGCAAUAUUGAUUCAUACUCAUCUACACAAAAACAAACUGCAUGUAAUAUCGUUGAUAUAACUUCGAUUCAAGAAACAGGUGUUCACAUUCAACUGGCAAGUGAUUCAGUAAAUUCUCCUGCAAAUGCCAUUUACUUACCAGAAUUUAAAUUAGAACCAGAGGACAGAGUAAUCGAAUCAAGUUCAGAACCAUUAUUGGAUGGCAAACAAUCGCAACUAGUUAGGACUAAUAAUGUCAUUCAGUCAACCAAUAAAAACCUAAGGGCAGCAAAUAUUACAAAAUGCAAAUAUCAGGUGAAAAGUAAGAAUUUGCCAUUGAGGCAUUGUGUUGCUACUAUUGAAUCAGUAAAAAAGAAAUCACUCACAGGUAUUGCAGCACAAUGCAAUAUUCAACUGGGUAAAAAAAAGCUGGAACAAUUUACUGGUGUCAAUAUUAUGUCGGCACAGUUUAUCGAAGUAGAAGACUUAUUCAUCAAACAAGAAUUGGCGGAUGAAGAAGCAAAUGUAGAAUCCUUCGCUUCAUUUGGAGAAGAUGGAAUGAUGGUUGAAAAUUGGAAAGGAUACAGCAAUACUAAGAUUGAACAGGCUUCAUCAGACAACAGAAACUACAAACAGAGUGCAGACAAAUUUCGUUCUGCAAAACAUGAUGAUUUUCAACAACGGCAAAAGAAAAAUACUUCAAAAUCUUCAUUCAAAAUGAGUGAAAAACCUUUAUUUACACCAGAAAUGUUGGAAAUGAUAAGUAACUUCAACCCUCACAGUAUUUCCAAAGAGUCAAUGUUCAGUAUAGAUGAAAUACGUGAAUAUAUCUCUUGGUGUCCAAUGUCAUUUGUAGAUAAUCAAGACGCGUCAAUGGCAGAUCUCUUCUGGGAACAGAUUGAAAGGGAGGAUAAUGUUUCGUGCUUGAGGCUAACAAACAAUGAAAUUACAAGUAGCGAUAGUCUGGAUUGCAGCGCGUGCGGAUUCCAGUUGAAAUUUGGGGUAUCAUACUGCAAUACCUGUCUUCUGCAAGUUGAAAAUACUAUGAGAAAUUGUAACAUUUGCCACCUGAUUUGCAACCGCGGGGAUGUUUUUUACAAACACUUUAUAUGGGAGCAUACACCGCUGUUGCAUGAAAUAAAUCAAAUUCCUCCAUCUCCAGUCAUUGAUAAUAUACAAAAAUUAUUGAAUGCAAUAGUUAAAAACAAACUGUUUCGAUGCAAUCUCUGUGCUUUUUCGACAAAUAGAAUACGUGUGUUUGACGCUCACUUAAUUGAUUAUCAUACUUCAAAACAGACUGUAUUUCCCCAACUACCAGAAGUAUCCGAACCUGAAAACGUGUUCAUCUUUCGAGAUGAAAUCACAAACACUUGCUGUCACAAAUGUAAGGAAUGCGAUUUCAUGUGUAACAGAAGAGAAUUUAUGGUUCAACACAUUCUUGAUGGACAUAUUAUUGGGGAGAAUGAAUCUUAUGAGGACUGGUUCUUCAGAAUUAGCAAUUACGAAGAAAGGAUGAUUAAGCAGAAACCUAGAAGAGAUGCGGGAGAUUUGAAAAUUUAUUCUGGUCUCUGCGAGGUCUGUGGAAAAUUUUUCAAUAAUGUGUUAAAUCACAUGGAACGGCAUCGUCCAAAUCUAAAACAGAAUCAUGUUCCGGAUCCAGACAACAUUGAACUAAGUGCUGUAAAAGAAUCAACGUCAUUGACUAAUGGUGUACUUACAUACUCCAAGCAGCCAAGGAAGAAGAAAAAGUCACUUAAUCCAGUUUUAUGUUAUAUCUGCGGAAAGAUUUUGUGUGGUACACACACGUUUCACCAGCACAUGCGUAUCCACACUACUGUGAUGUAUGACUGCAAUGUAUGUGGAAAACAGUUCAAUAGACAUAGUAACCUGAUUACACAUAGGCGGGUUCACACGCGUGAAAAGCCAUUUGAAUGCGAUAUAUGCAAGAUGGUAUUUGGAUAUAAAUGCAGUAUCAAGGGACACAUUGAAAAUGUCCAUUCGGAAACCGUUAAGUAAAGAUAAAUUGUCGCUCAUUUAUUAAUAUCAACAUGGCCAUGA